UCAUGAAGUGGGUAAGAGGUCCGGGAUCAGGGCAGGGGUGCUGGGUAAACAAAGGAGCUGUGGCAGAACUUGAGGAAUCCAGGCAGGGGGCUGAACAGACACAGGAACUGCGCAAGCCCUCUAUUACAGAAGGCUUCAGGACAUUUUGUAAGAAAGACAUUUUUUUCCUUCAAAUACUGAAUGAAAUAGAUGGAAGAGAACAAAGAAGACAUAUUACACUUGCUGCAGAAGGCUUAAAAAUUGAACAACAGUCUGCGGAAUUAAUAUCUAUUCAAUUUGCGAUGUUCAACCACAUCCCGGAAAGCAGAGCCUCAAUACGCGUAGCAGUUGUUUGGGUGGAAGACAACUUCAUAACAAGAGCCCCUUUCCCACCUUUUAUUGCUGAGUGUGACAUCAUAUGGUAUGGAAUAUCCCUUUGGUUGGUUUAUGUCAGCUGCCCUUCUGAUGUGCUCUCCUCACUUCUUGCCAACCGUCAGCCAGGCUUUGCAGGGUUUGGAGGCAGUCUUGAUGCUGUGCCAGCACUGCUCAGCAAUUUGUGUGAUACCAAAGCUGUUCUAGCCACAAGUGCAGAGCACAACAUAUGCUGCAGAGAAAGUCCUAGCAGCAUCCAAUAUAUGGACUGCUGCAGGGAAAGUCCCAGCUCCAUCCCAGACAGACCCAGUACAGUAUGUGAGCAAUCUGACGACCAAAGUAGAAAACAAAUACUUGUGCUGAAGUACUUAGGAGCCAUGGGAAAAUAUGUAAAUAGCAACCCAAGUAACAGAAUUUGUAAGAUGAAGAACAAAUAACAAGAUAAACAUGAAGGACCACAAUUUGGUGAGCCUAAAACACAAGAAGGAUGAAUGGAAAAAAAAAAAAAAAAAAAGGUAUGCAUCAUGAGAAUAGAUGGCAUCUCCCUUUCAGGAGAGGUGCAAGUAGAAUAAAAUACCAGAUGAGAAACUGAAGAAAAGAAAAAAAGGAAAAAAAAAAAAAAAAAAAGCUGCUUCAGAUCGGACUUGUCAUGUGAAAGAGCUCUCUGGCUUGAGCACCCUGCCUUCAGUGACUGUGGACCACCAAGGACUCUAGCCAUAAAGGCUAAAUGUAUGGCAUCAGAUCCAUGGCAUUGCAUGCGCACAGCUAAUACAGGGUAUGAGUGCUAAGGACAAGCAGUUUUGUACACAUAGUUAUAGUCUCAACAUGUAAGAAAUUAUCAUUAGCACAAUGUGUGCUGUUGUCAAAAAUUAGUCAUUUUUUUAAAAAAUUUAUAAUUGGUCUGACUUGUUAGUCUUGGGAAUCAGACAUUCCCAUCACAGUAAUCUCUAAUUCCCUUAUGGUAUGCAUAUAUAUGUGUAUAUAGAAUCAUGGAAUCAUAAAAUAUCCCAAGUUGGAAGGGAUCCACAGGGAUUAGCAAAUCCAACUCCUGACUCCACACAGGACUACCUGAAUAUUAAACCAUAUGUCUGAGAGCAUUGUCCAAACACUUCUUGAACUCUGGGAGGCUUGGUGCUGUGACCACUUUCCCGGGGAGCCUGUUCCAGUGCCCAACCAGCCUCUUAGUGAAGAGUCUUUUUCUAAUUAUUAAUAGUAUUAGUAGUAUUGUAGUAUUUGUAUAGAUACACAGAUAUAUCCAUAUAGAUAUAUAGAUAUUCUGUUGAAAGAAGACAAAGGUGGUGCUAAUUAGGAGGACAGAACUGUGCCUGCGGUAAGGGAAAGAGCUGAUAUUAAAACUUAAUGACAUAUGUAACUUUAUAUAAUACCCAUGCUAGAAUCAGAAGUAGAAAGAAAUCAUCAUACAGAAACUAAAGAUUCUUGUGUAGAUAGGAUUUAAGGGAAAUGCUAGGGUAAGAGAACAGCUUCUAAUAAAGAGAACAUUUCUGUUGUUCAAUGCUGAAAAGAAGAAUGGAAUGGGAGGGAGAAGGGUGCAAAUGCAGAAGAGGAAAGGGGGAUGGUGAAAAAGAUAUGAAGAAAUACUCAAAGGUCUGCUUGUACAGGAGUGGUAUGGUAGGACAGUUUCUCACAUAGAUGAGUAGUGUGUCACAUAAAGGAAUUGCAAAAGUAUUUAAAGAGAGAGAUUUGGUGAAUGCAUAUGCUUCAUGGAAAAGAAUGAACAGUACAAUAGUACAAUUAUGAUUUCAAUCCUAAAUAACAAUGCUGUUUCCACAAAUGAUUCUUUACUAUCUUUCUUCCCUGUUAUAUCAGACUUCCAGUGUCUCUCAUACUAAACCUUACAAGGAAAUGACUAUGGCUAAGAAGUCUAACAACUAAAAGGAGAGGCUACUUAAUGUCUAUUUUACAGGGAUAAUGCUGAGGGUAUUUACUGAAAUAAGUUUCACAUAUAUCCCUUACUUAAACUAGAUAAUGAGAUGUUCAGUCUAGAAAUAAUGACAAGACAAGCAUAGUAACUGUUUAAGUAGUUUCCAAAACCUGUUGGGCUGUGGGGGAAACAUGAG